UUGGCAUUAACAUGCCCCGGUGGCUGGUUGGGAGGGGCGGGGAGAUGCUUUUUCUUCAGUGAGGAUAAAGAGGCGGGGUGGUACGGUGGGCGAGAUACAUGUAAAAAGAAGGACGAGUCUUCACAUUUACUUAAAAUUGACACACCAGAAGUAAAGAAAUUCAUAGAGGGCGAGGUCGCUAAAAGACCAGAUAAUUACUGGCUCACUGGCCUGCACAGACAUUCGGAUUAUAAGUGCCCGAUGAACUGGAGAUGGGAAGACGAUCAGAAUUCUGACCUAUCGUUUGUAAACUGGGAUUCAGAGCCAACCGAUUGGCGAGGUUCAGAACAUUGCGGGGAAAUAGAAAAGGAUGGAGUGUACAAUGAUGCAAGAUGUGAGAGCAAGAGAGGAUAUAUAUGUAAAACUACAAAUACAGGAACGUGUCCAAAGAAUUGGAUUAGCAACAGCAGAGAUUUGGUAUCACCGUGUUAUUACUUUAGCACACGAGCGAAAGAGGAUGAACUGAAUUGGGAUGACGCAAGGUUGAAAUGUCAGAGUCUUUCACCAGGAGCUGAUCUCCUAUCAGUGACAACACAAGAGGAACAUGAUUUCAUAAAAAUAAGAGUGAUGCACUUUUGGAAGAUACGAAUGACGUCGGAUGGUUGGUGGACUGGACUGAAUCGAGCUGACGUCGGGGCAACAUGGUAUUGGGGAGAGGGUAAUCCAGUCAGCAUGGGUUUCAUAGAUUGGAACCAGGAACCAAACAGUUAUGGCAGCAAACAUUUCUGCGCUAGGUUCUUCAGUGAGGGAGCAUAUGAGGACGAAGAUUGCAACGCUAGGCAGCCUUUCAUCUGUCAAGCCCCUGCCUCUGGCAGCCAAUGCCCACCAAAUUGGUUAUUAGCUGGGAGCUUCUGCCAUCUCCUUGUGCCACAGCCCGUCAAUUGGUACGCUGCUAGACAAUGGUGUAAAUCAAACAGUGGCGCCCCUGGUGCCACACUUGCAAAAAUCACAUCACAGCCUAUUCUGACUCAGUUGUCUCUACAACUUCAAGUUAGCAAUCCUCGCCAGAGCUGGUGGACGGCGUUAAAUGACGAAGACCAAGGGGACAGAUGCUUUCUCUGGUUCUGGGGCGAGGACGAGCCUGCCAAGAAAGAAUUGGUACAAUGGACUAAGGAGCCUCAGAACCUGAGCGGGAAUCAACACUGUGGCUUGAUUGCCUUCAACGGGGUAUACAUGGACUACGACUGCGACAGAUCAAAUGGAUUCAUAUGCAAAUAUCAAGGAAUUUGUCCGGACCAGGACGGAUGGUUUGAGCGACAGGGGUAUUGCUACUAUAUCAGCAGCAGGGUUGCCCCUGAUAUAUCUGACUGGGCGACUGCUGCUUCAAGGUGCCAAGUCUUUAACCCACAAGCUAAACUGCUCUGGGUGUCUGAUGAUGCUGAGAGGAUUUGGAUUCGAGAUAUUGUUGGAAUGGCGACCGUGAACUCCCCCACUUCUAAAUGGGUGUUCUGGUGGACAGGGUUGAAUGAUCUCAGUGGCCCAAAUAUGUGGAUGUGGAACCAAGACGGACCAGCAGACAUGACUGUAGUGGAUUGGAACAUGGAGCCGAAUGAAUUUGCUAUACCAUUCAGAGGUCGUUAUUGCGCGUCUAUUCAUAAACAGGGCACGUUCCAUGAAAAGGGAUGCUCUUCGUCUUCAAGUUACAUCUGCUCUAUGAAUGAAAAACCACAAGCUGGUCCAAUUGCUGGCAUUGCAGUGGGUACCAUUAUUGGAAUAAUUGCAUUAGGAAUCGCAAUAUAUUUUGGAUUCAAGAAAUACUACCAGAAAAAAGAUGGCACCUCGGAUAUACCAUUCAAAAAAGAUGGAGGAGAGACGAGUACUCCUGGUUUCGACAAUCAAAACUUCUCCGCAGGAUCAUCCGCGUGAAAAUGAUACAUUUAGUUAUUUUCUAAACUAUAUAACUGUUGUUACUAAACUACAUGUAUAUAAUAUAAUACAACGAUCGAUAUAUAGGAUUAAUAAACGUUUUAAACCGAGACCCUGGUUUUUUAUAUAGGUGUUCUUACCAACAAAGCGGAACUGCGCUGGUAUUUGAUUUGAUGACUAAUUACACAUGAAUGUC